AUGGCUGCCGCAGACGAGGUCCCUGCAGGCCCCCCAGGCCCCGAGCUGCAGCCGCCCAAGACGCCGCGCCGCACCUUUGGAGGGAAGAGCAUCUCGCGCUUCAACCUGUUCCGCGAUCCUGAUGCGCCGCAGAGCUCGCCGGGUUCCAAGAGCGUCAACCUCUCGCAAGCAGCACAAGCAUCAGACCAACAAGAAGAACAAGCACAAGCACAAGCACAAGCACAAGCACAGGAACAAAUACAGCUCCAGCCCCCGGCCCCCAUCCCCAACUUCGUGCUCAGCGCGAACCACAAGAACGAUUCGAGCCCCUCGCUGCUGGAGCGCAGAUUCUUCGGCGGCGACCUCAAGCCGCCGCCAUCGCCCUCGGCCAGGUCCUUCGUCUCAGAGCCCGGAUCGCCGCUGGGCUCGCUUUGGCAGUCCCUCGCCGCCCAGCUGGACCUCGAGCUCGACGAGGCCCGUCGCAAGAAGGCCGAGGCCCUGCAGAGCUGCCAGGAGGAGGACGCCGCUCGCUGCGCAGACGACGUUGCGCGACUCGAGGCCGAGCGGGAACUUGUCAUUGACGAGCAGCGCAAGUUUGACCUGGCCCGUCUCCAGGCACAGCCGCCCUCGACCCCGUCCUCGACCAAGCCCAAGCGAGUCCUCGAGAAGCUCAACCUCUUCUCCAGGAGCAGCAGGAAGCCCAGCAGCUCCAACCUGGGCCAGCCGCCACUCACCCCUCUGCCGCCUGCUACGCCCAACUCCAUUGCGCCCAGUGUCUUCACGCCUACGCCUAGUAUCAGCCGGAGAAGCAGCCUCGACGACUCUCCCCCGCUGAACCCCUCGCAAAGGAUGAGCUUCAUUCAACCGCACCCGGAUGGCGACGCGCCCAUCUCCGCCAUUAAUGGCGGUGAACGAGUGAGUGCCCGUUUGCUUGCGCCUUUGUUCUUGUGUGACUCGACUCAGUUGCUGACCCCUCUUUCUCCUGACCCCUUGCAGCGUGUUACUGUUCGAUGCAUGUCGUCGACCCUCAAGUUGGAUGUAACCACCGACACUACGCCGGAGGAUAUUCUCAUCGCAGCGGCUGCUCAGACACAGCAUGACAUCGAUGUUGAAACGAGCGUCGUCAUUGAGUGCUACGAGAGCCUGAACCUGGAGCGACGCAUGCGACGCUAUGAGCAUGUACGAGACACCAUGAACUCCUGGGAUCGUGACCAGGACAACUCGCUCUUGGUUGUACCCUGUGACACGCCGGGAGAUGACGACAGUCUCGAGCUCUCGGCCGUCCCGCAGACAGACGAGCCCGCCCCUGGCUUCACCAUCCAGCUCUAUCACUCCCCGCGCCCUGGCAAGUGGAGCAAGCGGUUUGUCACCCUGCUCAACACCGGCCAGAUGUUUGCUUCCAAGCGCGCCGAUGCGCAAGUCGGCGACAAGGAUAGCACAUCGCUGUGCCAUCUGUCAGACUUUGACAUCUACAAGCCCAGGGAGAGCGAGGUGAAGCGGCAUCUCAAGCCUCCCAAGAAACUCUGCUACGCCAUCAAGAGUCAGCAAAAGACCGUCGUCUUUCCCAACGGAGAGAACUUUGUCCACUUCUUCUGUACGGACGAUGCCGCGACAGCCCACAAGUUCUUUAGCCAUGUGCAUGCGUGGCGAAGCUGGUACAUUGUCAACAAGAUCACACACUCCCGCCCGGUCGAGGUGUCUCCGCCCCUGAACCUGAUCGACAUUGGUCCGAUACAGCGCAUCCCCGACAAGUCGCCUCGGGUCUCCAGUGGCUUGACUAUUUCCACCGGAACCUUUAUAGAUGAGGCCGACUUCACCAAGGCCAUUGAGGAAUCUACACGGAAGCUGGCGUUGGAGGCUGAGCUCAACAAAAACAAGCCUAGGAGGCGGAAAGAGUCCGGCGCGUCCGCCAGCCCCAGCACGAAGGGCGACAAAGCAACCUUUUCGCCUACUGGAUUGCUGGGAGAGGCGUAUGAGAAGCGCAAAGAGGAGGCGGCCGCCGCGGGCGAGGCCGCGGCUGACGGCACAACAGUCGCAAAGAUUGAGGGCCCCUUUACAGAAGGUCCGUCCUUGCUGAACAGCCUCGGCCUCUCGUCCCCCAAGUCUCCUGAGCAGCCCCCCGUGAAGUCUUGGUUCCCAUCCGCCGCCGAACACAGCGCGCGCAACCGGAGCGCUUCCAUCUCGAAACGGCCUGUGACGGCUGAUCCUUCAGCCCACUCCGAUCAUGGCAAGGGGCAGGGGCCGCUUUUGAGCUUUGCGAACAACAACUUCCCAGAGCCGCCACGGGCCCGAGAGGGCCCUCGACACGGCCCUGGAUCCAGACAUGGACACGGGCUGCGCCCUCCGCCAGGAUCGCCUCUCGUCAGCUUUGCAACCGGGGGUCAGCAAGCACCACCCAUGUCACCGGGAGGAAGACACCGAGCACCUCCCGCCGGUGGUCCUCUGCCGCCGCCAGGAGCGCCAAGCUCGCGAAAUCGGAGCCACUCGAUAGCUAGUGCCAACAGUGGUGCUUCUCGACGCUUCCCCAUCUCCGCCGAGGACGUCCCUCUGGCAUCUUCACAAAACCGGCAACCCGGCUCACGGUCGAGCCGAAUGCCCCCUCCUUCUCCUCGUGAUGGCUCAUCGCGGGGUCAUGACCAUCGCCGUCCAGGUCCUCUGCUGCAGGAGCGCCAAGAACGUCCCAAGGAGCGACCCAGGGAGCGUCCUCAAGAGCGACGGCCCGGGCCUCUGGUGAACUCGGCCCGAUAAA